AAGCGCCAUACAUUUACAAAGUUUUUCUACUGUAACGUUUUGGAGUCUUACCAAAUGAACACAAGUGCCUUUGAAUUAAUUAUUUAAACACAUACUGGACAAAUGGGGUAACCAACCCGUCUUCUGGAAAGCUACUGAGUGUGCUGGUUUUUACGCUAGCCCUACCCGAACUCACUGGAUUUAGCCAAUCCUGACCUCAAGUCAAGAUGGAUGACAUCAACCUACACUACAGGUUCCUGAACUGGCGGAGGAGGAUCAGAGACGUGCGUGCUGUACGCUUUCAGGAGCGCUACAAAAGAAUGCUGAAGAAUGGAGACACACUCAGCUAUCAAGGGAACUCUGAUGAGGUUGGCUGCUAUGUGGCUCCCCGUCCCUUAUCAAAGGGAAACUGCUACUUUGAGGUGACCAUAAUGGACACAGGGGUGAGAGGGACGAUAGCAGUAGGCCUGGUGCCACAGUUCUACAAGCUGGACCAUCAGCCAGGCUGGCUGCCACAGUCUGUAGCCUACCACGCUGAUGACGGCAAGCUGUACGAUGGAAACCCUGUGGGCCAGCAGUUUGGGCCCAAAUGCAACCGUGGUGACAGGAUUGGCUGUGGAAUAUACUGUGAUACCAUCGAGGCUGGGUUGACCACAGUCUUUUUCACCAAGAAUGGCAAAGAGGUGGGCUCGUUGGUGUUCCCGGUAGCGGCAGAGGGCCUGUUCCCAGCCAUCGGGAUGCACUCUCUGGGAGAGGAAGUGAGGCUGGACCUCCAGGCAGAGUGGGACAUGGAGGAGGCGGACAGCGUCAUGAUGGUGGACAGCCACGAGGACGACUGGGGACGUCUCUACGACAUCAGGGUCACUGGCACGCAGCUCCUGGAGUACGUCGGGAAGGGGAAGAGCAUCCUGGACGUGGGUCUGGCCCAGGCCAGGCAGCCCCUCAGCACACGCUGCCACUACUUUGAGGUGGAGAUAGUGGACGCUGGAGAGAAGUGCUACAUCGCCCUGGGCCUGGCCAGAAGGGACUACCCCAAGAACAGACACCCAGGCUGGAGCCAAGGCUCAGUGGCUUAUCACGCAGAUGAUGGGAAGAUCUUCCAUGGUAGUGGGGUUGGGGAGCCGUUUGGUCCUCGCUGUAUCGAGGGUGACAUCAUGGGCUGUGGCAUCAUGUUCCCACGGGACUACAUAUUGGAUGGUGAAGAUGACAUAGAUGAGUGGGACCCAUUGGAGGUGCUCCCGAGGCAGGGCGAGGGGCGCAUCCAGAACGUUCUGUACCUGAAUGAUGAGGAGGAGGAGGAGGAAGAGGGGGACGAACUGGACCAGGAGCAUGACGGCAGGAAGGUCAUGGUGUUCUUCACACGGAACGGGAAGCUGAUGGGUCGCCGUGAGGUGGUGGUGCCCCCAGGGGGGUUCUACCCCACCGUGGGGAUGCUGAGCAGCGGAGAAAAGGUCAAGGUGGACCUGCACCCCCUCAGUGGAUGAACCUGACCAACCUGCAUCCUCUUAGUGGAUAAGAUGAGUCCAGAAACCGAACACUGCACCCUGUCAUCGCCUGACCAGUGACCACAUCAAGCCUUACUGGGGAUCAGCGUAGUGAAACUAGGGCAGGGAUUCAUUCCAUGGCAUUCUAUAACUGACUUUUAAAGGUAUUUUAUGCUUGAGCGUUUACUAUUUAUUUGAUCUCUGCAAACGUCUGGGAAAAUGCUGUUAAAAGGCAUAUUGUGGGCUGUAUAGGGUGCUGCCCUGUAACACAACUUGAAUAGAAUCCCAGCCUUAGUCACAACCAUCAGGUCUACUGUAGCAAAAUAUAUAUAUAUAUAUAUAUACACUGGUGCAGUGAAAUGUGUUGUUUUACAGGGUCAGCAAUAGUAGUUUGGCAAAUUAGGGUAAAGUGCCUUGCUCAAGGGAACAUCGAUUUUUUUUCUCUCUCACAUUGUUGUCUCGGGUAUUCGAACCAGCGACUACUAAAACUACCAUCAGGACUCACUGUGGCAAAACUACCAUCUGGACUGACUGUGGCAAAACUACCAUCAGGACUCACUGUGGCAAAACUACCAUCAGGACUCACUGUGGCAACACUACCAUCAGGAUUCACUGUGGCUAAACUAAAGGCUUAGCCUAAGACAGAGUUGUUGGAUAAUUCUGUGCAAUUUGUUUUAUCAUUUUUCAUCAAGCCACAUUUUUUCCCCUGUCAAAGCAAAUAGUCAGUCCUGCCUGGUCCUGGGCUCUGAUACAGUGGAGCCCCUAAAAUGUCUCUCAUGAGGUCUACUGGCACACUUUGUUUAUUUCAUUUGUCAUGGCCCCAAACAUAGCAAUGCAUGUCCAACAGAGUCCAAGAGCCUGCUGGCAGUUCAUGUUAUAGGCACUAGUGAGUGAGUAGUGCUCUCCUAUCCCUUAUAUAGUGCACUACUUUUGACUAGUGCCCUAUUUGCCCUGGACAAAAAUAAUGCACUAUAUAGGGAAUAGGGUGACAUUUGGGACGCCGGUAGAUUCUGUGUGUGAUUGAGUGAGUAGUGCCCUCCUGUGAGUGCUCACUAACCUGCCUCCUGGAGCUGAGCUGAGCUUGCUAGGCUCCAGAUCUGUUAGUGCUUUAUAGCCAACUCUUAUGGUCAUUGUCAUGCCAAACAUGUAUACACAGAUUUGGGACCAGGCUAGAGCUGGGCUAGGUGGGAGUAAAAAUGAUAUUCUCCAUAUCACAUGGAUGGCAUCCUGGUAUCAAGUAACCCUUUAUCGAAGACUGGAGAUUAUGUAAAUGUGUGAAUAUACACUACAUGGUAUGUGGACAAAAGUAUAUGGACAGCCGUUCAAAUUAGUGGAUUUGACUAUUUCAGCCAGAACCGUUGCUGACAGGUGUAUACA